AUGGCGAGUAUCAAAACUUUGCAUUUGCUAAAACCAGCAAGAAUUCGAAGUUACUCUGUGAAAUCGAGUGCUUUAGAGCCUCCUGAUAUUCCUCGUUUGGCUGAAAAAGCUCGAAUUUCGCUAACCCCUCAAGAAGUUGAAGAAUUCGCUCCCAAAAUUCGACAAGUUAUAGAUUGGUUUGGACAACUUCAAGCUAUCGAUCUGGAGAGUAUCGCACUAGCCAUAAGGGCAGAUACUGAGGGAGAUAAUUUGCGCGACGACAUACCUGAAAAGUUUGAGAAUAGGGAAGCAUUGAUUUCUGCUGUGCCAAGCUUGGAGGAGCCUUACAUCAAAGUUCCCAAAGGGUUGAAUAAGGAGUGACAUUAUUUAGGUAAUUUUCGUUUCACUUCUAGGGGAAGACCAUAAUUUUAUAUAUUUUGAUCAGUAGAUGGAAGGCUAGAAAUCAUAGCUCCAAGAUCUUUUUCAAGAUGUAUCUUGAUGCAACGUGUAAAACAGCCAUGCUUCUGCUGCCUGUUAGUUAUCUCUAGUCAUUUUUUCUAUUACUCAUCUAAAGGUUUCCAAGUAUCUGAAUUGGUGUUCUUGACAUUUCCUUCUUUUACAAAAUUAUCUAUAUCCAUGUCAUAGAUUCCAGACUUAUAACCUGUUUAACCGAGCUAAAAUCUGCGUUUUGAGAAGUGUUGUUGUUGUUGUUGUUUUUUUUUUUUUUUUGAAAAAGGUGUUGUUUGUUAGAAGUGCUUUUUAAAAAGUAUUUUUGGGGAGAAGUAGUUUGUGUUUGGCUAAUCAAUUUGAAAAUCACUUUUCCGAUAUUAGAGUAGCAAUUUGUGCUUGGUCAAAAGUGCUUAUGAGAGAGCCACUUUUUUUCAACUUCUGAAAAUAACUUCUACUUUCCUUCCAAAAAUUAUUAUGAAGAUGGAUCACAUAUCAUAUAAUUGGAUUUUUUUUUGCCUAAUUCAAUUCCAAAAGCUUA